AAAUCUGGCCUGACAGCGCAAACAUUUCUGUUCCCUUCUCCACCUCCCCGACACACGACCUGCUCCGUCGUCAGAUCUCGAGCUCUCCCUCUCCCCCUCCCCCUCCCCCUCCGCAAUGGAGCCCGGGCUGAGCAUCGAGUCCGGGUCGGCCAUCCGGGUGGCGGUGCUGCCGGUGGGCGGGCCGAUCCCGCCGCAGUGCCUGCGGGACUACGCGGCGCUGGUGGCGCGGCACGCGCGCGUCGACCUCGCCUCGCUGCGCCCCUACUACUCGGAGCACCAGAAGAGCCCCUUCGCGCACCAGCCCUGGGACACGGGCUGCCUCCGCCUCAAGUUCGUGCUCGGCGGCUGCGUGCCCUCGCCCUGGGAGGACUUCCAGUCCUCGCGCAAGGUGCUCGCCGUCGUCGGCAUCUGCCACCUCCCCUCCUCCCCGGACCUCGCCAGGGUCGCCGCCGACUUCCUCGACGCCGCGCGCACCUACCCCUCCGCGCUCGCCAGCCGCUGCUUCGCCUUCUGCCCCACCGACGCGCAGUUGCUGGAGGAAAGGAAGGAUGGCAUUAUUAUGUUCCCUCCUUCCGAUCAGAAAUCACUGGAACUUCAUAUGUUUACAAUGAUCCAAGAUCUUGCUGCUUCAUUAUUGAUGGAGUUUGAGAAAUGGGUCUUACGUGCAGAAUCCACAGGAACUAUUCUAAAGACACCUUUGGACUCACAAUCCAGUCUUGGCUCAGAGGAGGUUCAUACUUUAGGUGUUCCGAGUAUUUUGACCAGUGUGAUCAAGGCCAAAAAAAGAAGGCUGGGCCGUGCACAAAAGAUAAUAGGAGAUUAUUGCUUAUUGGCUGGAUCACCUGCUGAUGCUAAUGCACACUACACCACAGCAAUAGAUCUUGCAAGAUUGACAGGGGAUGUAUUCUGGCAUGCUGGGGCUCUCGAAGGUAGUGUCUGCGCAUUAGUGGUUGAUAGGAUGGGCCAAAGUGAUCCUGUUUUGGAAGAUGAAGUGAAGUAUCGUUAUUAUACCAUUAUCCAGCUGUACAGAAGAGCAACUUUACAAGAUAAUGCUCAAAGAGUUUCACCUGUGAGCUUUGAGCUUGAAGCUGCAUUGAAGUUGGCAAGAUAUUUGUGCAGACGUGAAGUUGCCAAGGAGGUGUCAGAUUUAUUAAUGGGUGCUGCAGAUGGCGCCAAGGCUCUGAUUGAUGCCAGUGACCGGUUGAUACUAUAUAUUGAAAUUGCGCGACUAUUUGGUUCUCUUGGGUAUAAACGCAAGGCAGCAUUUUUUUCAAGACAAGUUGCACAGCUGUACCUUCAGCAAGACAAUGCAUAUGCUGCUAUGAGUGCUAUGCAGGUUCUAACGAUGACUACAAGUGCAUACCAUGUUCAAAGCAGGAAGACUAGCAAACCUGAUCAUGCUUCACUAAAGGAACUCGGUGCCAGCAACAGCAAUGCUGAUUCUGGAAAAGCGCACUCUCAGUCUGUUGUGUCAUUGUUUGAGUCGCAAUGGAGUACCCUUCAAAUGGUUGUUCUAAGAGAGAUAUUGAUGUCUUCAAUCCGUGCUGCGGAUCCCCUCACGUCAUGGAGCGCCGCAGCUCGUCUUCUUCGAUCAUUUUACCCGCUCAUCACCCCAGCUGGUCAGAGUGGGCUGGCAAGCUCUCUUUCAAACUCUGCUGAUAGGCUUCCUUGGGGCACACGUUGUGCCGACCCAUGUCUUCCUUUUAUCAGGUUACAUUCUUUACCAUUUCAUCCUUCACAAAGAGACAUAGUAAAGCGCAACCCACAUAAAAAGGAGUGGUGGAUUGGUGCCGGUCCUUCUGGGCCUUUUAUUUAUACACCUUUCACCAAGGGAGGAACAUCUGGGAAUAGCAAACAAGAGAUAAAUUGGAUUGUUGGAGAACCAGUCCAAGUUAUGAUAGAGUUAGCAAACCCCUGCAGCUUUGACUUGGUUGUUGAGAGCAUUUACCUCUCUGUUCAUUCAGGAAAUUUUGAUGCCUUUCCGGUUACUGUUAAUCUUCCACCAAACACCUCCAAGUUGGUUCUGCUAUCUGGAAUUCCAACACAAGUUGGACAAGUAUCGAUUCCUGGGUGUAUUGUCCACAGUUUUGGUGUUAUUACAGAACACCUAUUCAAAGAGGUUGACAGUUUGCUCCUUGGAGCUGCACAAGGGCUUGUUCUUUCUGAUCCUUUCAGAUGCUGUGGCUCUAGCAAGUUUAAGAGUGUUAACUUCCCCAGCAUUUCUAUUGUUCCUCCCCUUCCUUUGUUAGUUGCCAAUGUUGUGGGUGGAGAUGGUUCUAUUCUUCUAUAUGAAGGUGAAAUUCGCGAUGUUUUAAUAACGCUGACAAAUGCUGGAACUGUGCCAGUUGAAGAAGCAAAUAUUGCAUUAUCCGGGAAGAACCAGGAUUCUGUUAUUUCGAUUGCCCAUAGUACAUGGAAGUCUGCACUUCCGAUAAAACCAGGUGGAGAAGUUACAUUUAAAGUGACACUCAGAGCCUGGCAUCUUAGCUUGACAGAUUUGGAAGCAGAUGGCAGCAGAUCUCCUGCAAAUCCAAGGAGAGUAGCAAGAGAAGGAAUCAAUCCCUUUUUGAAUAUUCACUAUGCUGGUCCUUCAGCGGACCAAGGUAAUGGUGUGGUUUCUCUCCCACCUGGAAGACGCCUUGCUGUUCCAUUAAAUAUCUGUGUUGUACAGGGCAUGCGCCUUGUAAGAGCACGCCUGUUAUCCAUGGAAAUACCUGCCCGGUUUAGUGAAGCACACUUGCGACCUGUCAGUGGAAAAGAUAAUAUAAGUGAUGAAAGUAAUAUGUUGCAUAAUGACAUUAGCUUAUUGAAGAUUGAUCCGUAUAAAGGAAGUUGGGGCCUCCGCCUUCUGGAACUCGAGCUUUUCAACCCUACGGAUGUUGUUUUUGAUGUCGAUGUUUCUGUCCAUUUGGAUGGGACUAUUGUGCCAGAAGAUAACACUGCUGAUGUGGCCUGUCACAAAACCAGAAUUGACCGUGACUAUUCUGCCAGGGUUCUCAUACCACUUGAGCACUUCAAAUUACCUGUUCUUGAUGCUUCCUUCUUUGUAAAGGAAAACGGAAGUGAUGAGCAACUUGGGUCCAAAGUCACCAUAGCAGAAAAGAAUGCCAAGGCGGAGUUGAACGCUUCUAUCAGCAACUUGAUUUCAAAAAUAAAAGUGAGGUGGCAUUCUGGGAGAAAUAGCUCCGGUGAGCUGAAUAUCAAAGAUGCUAUUCAGGCAGCAUUACAGGCGUCUAUAUUGGACAUAUUGUUGCCUGAUCCCUUGACAUUUAGCUUUAGACUUGCUAAGGAUGCCAAGCCUGCCAAUGAUUCUAGCCAUUCUACUGUUGAGAAUGUUGGUCCAUUUACCGGUGAGAAUGUUCUGAGGUGUAAAGAUCCUAUAUCAGCUCAUAAAAUGACCCAUAUGGAAGUUCAAAUUCGGAACAACACAAAGGAAAUUAUUCAGAUGAACCUCAGCAUUUCAUGCAAGGAUGUUGCAGGAGAAAAUUGCUUCGAAGAAAACAGUGCAACCGUCCUCUGGGCUGGUGUUCUUAACGACAUACAAUUGGAGGUUCCACCAUUGCAGGAGGUGAUGCAUCCUUUCUCUGUAUACUUCCUAGUACCUGGAGACUACUCGCUGCAGUCUUCUUCUGUUAUAAUUGACGCCACAGAUGUUCUUCGUGCUCGGGCAAAGGCAGAGUCACCAGACGAACCUAUCCUAUGCCGUGGAUCCCCAUUCCAUAUCCAUGUAGUUGGUACAGAGUAGCAAACGCUGUUUGGUGUAGUUUAGAGGCAGCGAUUUCACCAUGACAUGUGCAGCUGUGAAAAUCAUGUACAAGAGCAUUAUUCCCCCUGUACACUUGUGAUUUAUUUGAGCCACUCGGAGGCUUCCUUUGUAAUACACUUGUGUUUGUGUACAGUGUAAAAGCAUCCGCCAAGAUAAAUAUGGUGCACACCAUGGCCUUGGCUGCCCACGGAAGGGCUUUUUGAUUCAGGAUUUUCAAAGAAA